CCGACCGCGCACCGCUCCCAUCCUCUGCCUACCAUCCCAUGGCGCGUUCCCUGUCAGCCAACUCCCCUCCCUUCCCCAACCUCUCUAAACCCUAAAUCCGAAUCGCAUCGCAUCGCGUCGAUCCAACGGGAUUCAAAUCAAAUCGAACGAGAACCGAAAAACGAACGCGAAGCUCCGGAAUCCCAGCAAUGGAUCGCUCCCGCUCCAAGCGCGGGUACCACUACGACCAGGACUCCCCGCCGCCCCGCUCCAAGCCCCGCUUCGACCGCCGCGGCGGGGGCGGGGGCCCGAACCCUAACGCCAACUACCACCGCCGCGGACCACCCGGAGGUGGCGGCGGCGGCGCCUCCGACCGCCGCGGCGGCUUCCUCCCCCCUGACGCCGCACCGCCCCCUCUCCCGCCCCCGCCGCCGCCCGCUUCCUCCGCGGCGGCGGGGGGCGGGGGUCCCGGCCAGACCACCUCCUUCCGCAUCCUGUGCCCGGAGUCCAAGACCUACGGCUUCCCCGCCAGCUUCAUUAACAACGCCCAGGAUGACAGCGGCGCGAUCAUCACUAUCCACCCGCCCUUCCCCGGGGACCCUGUCCGCGUCAUCGAGACGACCGACGGCGUGCCACGCGAGGCGGAUGGCCGCCCGCCGAUGUUUUCGCCGGCGCAGGAGGCGCUCCUCAUGGUGCACCGGCGGAUCCUGGAGACGCAGCCUGACGACGGCGAUGAGGACGGCGAGUACGGGCCCAGGGGCAAGGACGCCAGGGACCGGGGUAAGGUGACCACCCGGCUCAUCGUGCCACGGCAGCAUGUGGGAUGCCUGCUUGGCAAGGGUGGCAAGAUCAUUGAGCAGAUGAGGUCCGAGACCAAGACGCACAUCAGGAUCCUGCCUCGCGAGCAGAACAUGCCUCGAUGUGUAUCGUUGUCGGAGGAGGUUGUGCAGGUUGUUGGAGAAGGAAAUUGUGUUAAAAAGGCUGUAGCGAUCAUCUCUGACCGUUUAAAGGAAAGCUUACACCGUGAUCGUGGUCCCUUUCUUCGUGGACGAAAUUCACCCGAACAUCGCAUUUCUCAGGCUGAUGAAUACCUGGGUGGUGGUCAGCAGAUGCCUGCAUUUGAAGAACCUUAUCCUCGAUUUGAUCAAAUUAGAAAUAAUGGUAGCAUGGAGCCACCAGGAUAUGAGUUUGAUUCAAAUGGUAGCAAGUUCAAUGAACAUCCAGAGAUUCCAUUCGAUGAAAUCAUAUUUCGAAUCCUUUGCCCGAAUGACAAGGCUAGCAGUUUGGUUGGAUCACGAGAUGGAAUAAUAGAUAUGUUACAGGCUGAAGUUGGUGUUGAUGUUAGGCUUACUGAUCUUAUUGCUGGAUCUGAUGAAAGGACUCUAAUCAUUACAUCGAGAGAGGGCCCAGACCAUGAGCUUUUCCCAGCUCAAGAAGCAUUGCUGCACAUCCAAACCUUUAUCGUGGAUCUUGGCCCUGACAAGGAUAACAUUAUCACAACGAGGUUACUUGUCCCUUCAAGCGAAAUUGCUUGCUUUGAGGGGAGGGAUGGAUCAUUAUCUGAUAUACAGAGACAAACUAGCGCAAAUAUACAGAUAUUACCAAGAGAAGAACUUCCUUCUUGUGCCCUGGAAUCUGAUGAACUCAUACAGAUUGUAGGAGAGAUUCGAGCUGCUCGGAAUGCUCUCAUGCAAGUAACUUCGAAACUACGAAGUUACAUAUACCGUGAGAUGUCUGCUCCUAUCCAAAUGGGCAGCAUUAAUGUACAUGGAUCCAUUUCUCCAGCAAAAGGCUCACCUCGAGGACUAUAUGCUGGAAAUGACCUUCCAAUGCCUAUCUACCAACAGGCACCACAAAUGGCAACUUCGUGGCACUCAAAGGAUAGUGGACUUAGUGCAAGUGGGUCGUUUGAGCAAGGGAGCAGCAUUAAUGAUGAUAUAAGACAAACUAAUACAAAGCGAUUUGCUGUCCCCCUAGUGACUAGAAGCACAUUAGAAGUUGUCAUACCCCAGAGUGCAGUUGCAAGCCUCAGCAUGAGGGCUGGAAGCAAGCUUGCCCAAAUAAGCGAGAUGUCCGGUGCAUCCGUCACGCUUGCUGAAGAUAGACCUGGAGUCAUGGAAAAAGUUGUUCGAAUAUCUGGUACCCCCGAGCAGGCCGACAAAGCUCAGAGCUUGCUCCAGGGGUUCAUACUCAGCAUCCAAGACGACAUUCCUUCGGGCUAAUGAAGACAUUACACGUCUUACCCGUCGCGUGCUCAAUAGGCGCCGAUUGUCUAAUUCUUGUUUCCAGGAAUCACCUGUGUACUUUAGAUGGAAUGCACGAGUGUACCUCUCUCCAGUUGUAUGCAUUUACCCUGAUCAAGCCCUGUGUCUUUAUUUGUAAAGUGUUCGUGUAUGAUAUUCUCUGAUCUUUACCUAUUCAAGCUGUUAUGUUGUAUUACAAAUGUACUUUAUCUUUCUCACAUUAUAAGUAGCCUAAGAAACACCAUGGAGAUUACUUCUACACCUCUUUCCAAUGGUACGACUUCAUCCUUCCGCUGAUGAUAGCAAUUGCAGAUUGGGUGCUUUCGUCCAAUGUAACCCGAGAUGGGUACCUUCUCUGUGCACUCAUGUGUUAGUGAUAUGAAAAUAUUUUUAACUGCUGGUUGAUGAAGGACUUGAAGGAAA